AUGUCCGCCUACACUAAUUUUCCAUUCGGCCAGAGGGCCGUGGUUUUAGGCUCACCCCGCCGACUUGGACAUGGUCGCACCCCCCUCCGGAUCUUGGACGAGAUAAUUAUCUCAAGUCCUUUUGAGCUGCCCACAAAGAAUCAACCCAUUUUCUGCCAUCAGUUGUAUGAGAGACAAAGCCGACUCCAUAUAGAACGUCGUGGUUUACGAGAGAAUGCCAAAUGCUUCUCUGUGCUAAUUUGGGAGGAUUUUAUACUAUUUCUAGGUCUUCCAAAGUAUGGGCGGCGGCUGAAUAAGACAAACAAACAAACAACCCUCGCCAAAGCAACAAAACGUUGUGCUUGA